UCGGAAGCAAGUUUAUCUUUUAGGCCGUUCGAGACUAUUUUUUUCACAAGUAUGGUUAUUAGCACAAUUAAAUGAAAAUAAACAGAAGCUUAAAUUAAUGCUAAGCGAUGAAUUGUUAAUGUGAUAGGAAGAAAGUUUACUUUGUAAUCAGUGAAAAUCAAAAGUGAAGCAAGUAAAGUAAUUGGUUGAAAAGUUCAAGAAACCGAUUUGUUUUCCUUUUUGAAAAAAGCAGCUAUUCGAAGGGGUGGUGGAUUUGCGGGAUUUGCAGUUUCCCAAUCGAAGCAAUCGAACGCUUAAAUUUAGGCAAAACGUGAGACAUUAGCUUAGUUUGCUCAUUCAGCUGUGUAGAAGAAGAAAAUUUUCCUUCAGCCACAAAGCGAUCGAUAUUGGUCCCCCAUCUGAAGGCACGACUUGUAUGUAUGGGAAGUAGGAACAGUCUAUUGCAUCAGGCCUCCUUGUGAGAGAUCCGGCUUGAAGUGAGAGCGUGUGUUGGAAUGUUGUAUCCUACUGUCCUCGUCGUCGCUGCUGGGGUGCAUUCGAGUUACCAUCAUAUGCUCGAAGCGCAAAGAAGAGCGGUGAAGUGAGCUCCCACUGCUGCAGUGUGACAGGACCACCCACUGUGGGUGGCCCCGUGUUUUGGGUCGUUUUUCUUUUGACGAAAAAAGCGCGCGCGAAGCACAGCGGUGGAUUUAUUAUUGGACGGAAAAGCGAAUCAUAUGUUUACUAAUAUUGUGUUAAAGAACGAUGCGGUGGCGGCGUGUUUUCAAGCGUCGGGAAAUAAUGGCUGAUACAGACGUAAUGAGGAGACAUGUGACUGGGACUGCGGCGUCGUUUGAGAGCAGACGUCGCUGAGAAUCAUUGUGAGUGCAAUAGAACUUGGCUUUUGAGCGAAAUCAGGACCUUGUGUAGAGUCGUACGUCUCCGGUGAAGGGUGCGUAUUAUUUAAGACUUAUUCGGACGACAGUGCCAGCAGUAACAGAGCGAGAAAGAGAGAAUAAUCGCAAUCAGUACGGGGGAAAGGAAAAAGAUGUCCGACUUGAUGAUUGCUAAUCAGAGCGAGCAUUUAAGUGAUGAAUUAAAUUUUACCGCGUUUAUCGAUCUGUGCCGGUUUUGCUCGAUCAAGAGCGGUCCUAGGCUGAACAUCUUCGACAAGGAAGCUGAGCAGAGGCAGAUAUUGUUUAAGAUAAGAACAAUUUUGCCGAUUGUGAUAAACAAGGAGGAUUUUCUUCCGAAAAAAAUUUGUGAGCGCUGCGUCAAUAAAAUUGAGCAAUUCUUCGACUGGCGAUCCAGCUGCGUACAAACUGAUGCAAUAUUGCGUAAUUACGCUGAUUCAAUGCGAGUAGUUACGGCUACGAUAAAUUUUCAGGACGGUACGGUUAAUAUUGACAAAAUGACACCAGCUCAGAAAAAUGCAUAUCUGGAAGCGCACAUGGCAGUGCAACAGCAAAUGAUGCAAGCUGCUCAACAGAUGCACCAACAGCAGCAGCAGCAACAACAACAGCAACAACAACAACAGCAACAGCAGCAGCAGCAUCAGCACCAGCACCAACAACAGCAGCAGCAGCAACAACAGCAGCAGCAACAACAACAACCGCAACCACCCCUUCAGUCACACCACGGAUCAUCUCGGUCAGCGAAGAAAUCCAAACCCAACAAUCACGACAGUCAACCGGCACAGUAUCAUCACCAACAGCUUCAGCAGCAAAGUCUGCAACAGCAACACCACAGCCACCAGCAAGCCAAUAAUUCGAUACCAACUGCUACUACUAGCGGUACUAUCAAUACAACCCACUAUGCGAAUACUAUCAAAGUACCGCAGAUCAACACUAGCUCAAUAUCGAAUUCUACUAAUACCAGCACUGCUGGUGGCGAUAGCAGUACCUUCACUGUGCCGGACGACGUGGGUAUGGGUUUUGAAGGUGGAGUACGCGUUCUUCAAAGUUUGGGGAAUUGGUCACCGGAGAUACCUCCAAACAUUCCUCGACCAAACUUAAUUCCCUUUACAGAACCUUACACUGAAGGCGGAUCAAUGCAUCCUGCGACACGGUUGAAAGCAUUGCAGCAAGUUCAACAAGCAUCGUCUAAGAAGAGCACAGCCAAACCGAAGGCAACUAUCAUUAAUACGGGUCCACCGAAGCCGGUCUUCGAGUGUACAAUCUGCGGGAAAGGUCUAGCUCGGAAAGAUAAACUGACGAUACAUAUGCGAAUCCAUACAGGGGAAAAGCCAUAUAUCUGUGAGGUUUGUGAUAGGGCCUUUGCACGAAGGGAUAAAUUGGUGAUCCACAUGAAUAAGUUCAAGCAUGUCACCCCAACUAACAUCGCUCCUCUUGGAAAACGCCAGAACCGUGUGCCUACGUUAGUUAAAAAGGAAGAACAGAAAAGCGAAGACAAUAAGCCAAUACUGAUUGAUCAUCAUGCCUUAGCUACGCAAACUUUGACCACAGUGGUCAACAAUAUUUCAGCUCAACAACAGCAACAACAGCAGCAGCAACAACAGCAACAGGGUCAACCACCUGGGCAUUUAACCCAAGCUACCGGCCCUCCUGGACAACAUGGGCAGCAACAAUCCAGUGGGCCAUCAGUUUUAGGAAUGAGCAUACCUCAACAUCAUCAUCAGCUGUCUUGGACGUGUGAGUUAUGUGGUAGAAUGUUCCAAACACGGGAAGAAUGGACGUUGCACGCCAAGAGUCAUCUGGAGUAUUGACAGCAAGCAAGCGGUACUGUGGUUCUAACAGGCAGCAGCACUGAUAAUAAUAGUAUUAAUAGUCACAGAGAUAAGAAUAUUCAAUCUUCGCCGUCAAUUCCAUCAAAUCAGACUCUUUACAGCCUCAACACGUCCGGUGUAGCAUCCAACGUGACCCAGAGUAUAGUGGUGCAACCGCAGAACAAUUUUUGUUUCCUGUGCCGACAGAGCUGUGGCAGCCAGGCAGAAUUCGCUGUUCAUAUUCGAGGACAUUUUGUAGAUGGAAAGAUUUCCGCUACCACGGUGGAUUCGAAUACACUAAUUGCGAGACAUGUAGACGUUCACAAUGGCAGCGUUUGCAGUUCAAGCACCUAAAUAAAGACCUGGCAGUUGGUGUUUGGUUCAGUGUCCCCUUGAUUUGAAAUUUCCUAACCGAAUUUACAUAUCCAUUUGUACAGUUAUCGAUUUUUUCUUGUUUUGUUAGAAAGUUUUUAUGUUAAUCUGUCGAAGAAAACAAAAAGACUCUUACAUGCGUAAGCAGAUGUGGUGAAAAGGAUCUUCUAAAGACCGAGAGCCAUUA